GUUUUACCGAAAACGCAAAAACAAUUAACUUCCUCUUUCUAUUUUAAUCGAGAUGGCGGAACGUAAAGACAAGAAAAAGCGUUCUUCUUCUAAUGAAACAACAAAGAAGCCAGAAGCAAAUUUGACAAUUAAGAAAAUGGGUAAGAGAUCGUCAUCGUUCAAUUGCUUUAGAGGGAAAAGCCGUUCAAAGUAUAGUUUUCAAGAUGAAAAUUCGAUACCGCCAGAUAACAACGAAUCUUCGUCAGUUCAUCUUCAAAGUGCUACGUCCCUAGAAUUAAAGAACCAAGAAUUGACAAACACAGAACAUGAAGAGUUACUCUCUCUACGAACAGAUGUUGAAAUAUUACGGACGGAGAAAAACAAACAGCUUAUAAAUAUUGAAACCAAAACAUACAAAAUCCAAGAAGUUGAAACCGAACUAGCAAAUGUAAAAGCUGAUCUUGAUAAAGAAUGCCAAAUACGUCAACAAUUAGAAGCACGUCUAAAUGAAAGCAAGGGGGCUAUUGAACAACUUGUGAAUGCUCACAAAGAACAAAUACGGUACAACAAUGAAACUAUGGAAACUAAGGAAAGACAAUUCCUAGAAGAAAAGCAACAUUUGGACAGCCAAAUUACGAAAUUGGAAGAAGAGAGAAAAGCGUUAGAGGACGAAAAACAAGAUGCACUUCAGAGCUUGAAUCGAUUAAAUUCUUCUCCAGUUUAUCUUAACAGUACUACAUAUAAUUCUUUACCAAACGGUCCUGAUGAAAGCCAGGGAAAGAAAACGACAAAUAUCCGUAAUGACAAUUCAACUGCUCUAAAGACAGAGGUUAUUAGAGUACAUACAUCGUAUCUAAAGCAGACAGAAACCAUCGCUGCACUUAAACACGAGCUUGUAAAUAUCAAAACUGAACUGGAUAAAGAAUGUCAAACACUUCGACAGCUCGCCACGCUUUUUAAAGAUCGUGAGAAUGAAAUUAAACAACUUCAAAGUAAACUCCAGAAACGCAAACACAAAAACGCUACUCUUAAGAGAGAUCUUAAAUCUCUUACAUAUUAUAAAGAAACACUCGAUGAACAAUUACUUGAUGAAAAGAAAAAGUAUACAGACAAUCUGAAUGAAGCAAAAAGACAAAUACAAAAAUUGAAAGGAGAUACCACAAAAUUAGAGGAAGAAAAACAGGACGCACUACGGAGUGCCAUGAUGUCAGUAAAACUUCGGGACAACAAUCCUAACAUUGCCGACCUAAGUGACCCGUUCCGGCCCACUAAACUGGGCGAACAAUUCUCUGAGCUUUAUGACAACGAGUGGACAGACGCGUUUGACGCUCUUCAAGAGGAAUUUGAAGAGCGACAUGCCAUUAGCAUACUGUUAGACAUCGUUAUGGAUUCGUAUCAAUUUUGUGACACAGAGCUCAAGUGUGUGUGGAAAUUUGCAAACGAAUGGUUUAUUGAAGAGAAUGCUCCAACUAGCCAACAAUUAUCCAAGACUCUUAAAGAUAGUCGCAAACAUAAUAUCAAUCGGCGUGUGUCUGACAUUCAAAAGAAAUACACAAGAUACCUACGCGAAAUGACGGCUAACAGGAAAUUAACAACAUUGGUUGAAACGGAUCCUUUAAAGGAAUACAUUUCUACCUGCGUGAGACUAAGCCUUCUUAUGACGGCAAAUGAUCCGCCCGUUGUGAUAGAAUGUCCUGACUGGCAAACAUUUCGGGAGCGACCAUAUCCGGAUGAACCUUGUUCGCGUGGUACGUCCGCUGAAUCCAAAGUCAAUCACGAUGCAAAUGACGAACAAUCAGCUCUUGCUGGCAAAACAUUGUCAAAUAACACAGAUGAUGCAAUAAACAAUGAUGAAAACGGCCACUCGGGACACAAUGAUUUUCCGCAAGAGAAAGAUGGAGCAACGUAUGAUACAUCCAACGAUACACACAAAGCAAAUAUGCAUGACUUAGCUGCAGUUAAAGAUUUGCCCUCCGAACAGAAAUCGUCCCCAAUGUCUGAUACGACAAACAUAGCAGAUGUAUCUGGUAUUACCACAAGCUUUCCAAACGAAGAUGUAGGCAAUGAAAUACAAGAUAACGAAAAGAAUUAUGAUCAGACACCUGCAGUUACAGUUGAAUUGAGCACAACAGGCGAUGGCGAAAUUGGAGGAACAGCUAAUAGAAGUUCGGACAACUAUCCUGAGCUGGAAGCAAAAGAAGACAACGCCCAAGUAGCUAACAAUGAUCCUGAUGACAAUAUAAACCUACAAGGAAACCUGGGGUCAGAAGGAAAGGAAAAGGAGCAAGAUAACUCUUCUAGUUCUAUCGCGGAACAAGAAACAAACUCCGUUCAAAUCCGUCAAAUUUUCCACGAAAACACAAGCUUUGACAAAGACAAGUUCAAAGAAUAUACAUCCCGUGGACCAUUUGUGGACUACUUCGUUUGGCCGAUUAUGUACUUACACCGAGAUGGUCCGAUGCUCGGAAAAGGUAUUGCCCAAGGGUGUAAGGAGAAAAUGGUAGAUGUCAGCCGGGAACCAUUUGUGUGGUGGAAUAGGCUACCUGCGUCGGAAAUUUAACCACAAUGAGAACUCGUUCGAAUUAUCAGUCUGUUUUUACAGGUUUUAUAUCGUUAAGUUUGCCUUAACUAGACUCCUCAAAGCGUUCCCAAAGCAUAGUGUGCCCUGAUUUAUUUCAUAUGCACCGAUACGGUAACUGGAUAAAAAGGUAACUACAUAGUAAUUAGUAUUAGCGAGAUUGUUCUUGAAAUCCGUAGUUAAGGUUUAAACGUGUAUUUGUCUCACAAAUCAAAACGCAAUACCCAUUUGACUGACACAAAAUUCUAGAUUAUUGUUAAGUUGUCAUACAUUCUAGUUAACACGUAUAUAGUUUACAAAUAUUUGGGGUGUGGUUUAUAAUUUAUGACGCGUUGUUUUCUACUCGACAUUGUAAUUGAUCCAUGUUUUUUUUAGAAAAUAUGUAGAAAUUAUGUUAUUUGUUUUAUGACUGUGUGCAACGGUAUCACAUUUGUAUUAAUAAAAUUAACAAUUCCUCUUUAAAGAAUGAAUACGUUACUCGUAUAAGCGUCAGUUUAGUGUUUUGCACCAAUAUGUUUUUAAGUAUCCCUAUGUAUUGAGUUAGACCGACGGCCAUUUGAUGACAAUUACAAAUGUGUAGACAUCGCGAGAUAUUUGUGUGUUAAAUACGUGCAUAUUGUUGCCUACUCUAAUAUAUACGUUAAAGUAUAUGAAAGUAGUCAUUUAUUAAUGUUUAUUCGCUAAAGAAUAAACUGACUUAUUCAACGCAAAAGCUAUUUUCCUAAGGGAACGCCGAAACCUAAACCACAAUUUUAUAACCCAUCCUACCCAGUCUACUCUUACAUAUAGACUCGUCCACUGCCCGUGCAAAUUGACGCUCUUUUACUAGCUUGUCGCAUCACAGGGUAGGUCGCGCUAUGGUUUACAAGUUUACAUUUAAACGUUUGGGAUUUGUUUUGUGGUACUUAACAAGUGAUAUGCUGAUACAGGUAUGUAAUAGUAUCUUACAUAAGAAUGGUGUUAUGGCAAGGUGUAUCUGCCUCCUUUUCGAGCUGACCAGUAAACUGAGUAAGUCACUGCUUUACGAAUUUUACAUUUAUUUAGCUCUUUUCGAAUGAGCACCUCUUAAAUUGUUUUUGUCGCUUAUACAUUUUAGUAUAUCGAAAUAAGUUUACAUAUUUAUAUCUAUUUAUUAGUUCUUAGAUUCAAGAUAGGCUGACCACGCGUUUGUCUCAAACAAUUUGUCUGAAGUAUUAUUUUAAAUGCAUUUCGAUGUUUCUGUAAAAUUUCAAAAUGUUUUUCGUACUGUUAUUUAUUAUCUAAACAUUUAGUACAUAUAUUUUUCAGGAAAAUAUAAUUAUAUUUUGGAUUUUAGCUAUAAGAUUAAAUAUAAGAUAAGAUAUAACAUAGAUCGAUCACGUGUCUGUAUGCUUAUCGAUAUUUGAAUCUAUAAAUAAACAGCUAAAGUCUACUUCAACCAUUUGUUUGUGGUGCAGUUUUUUGACAUUUUGAAAGCGGCUUACAUUUUGAAAGCUGUUCGUGUUUCACUGGGGAUCUGUUUAUCUUAAUCGGGAUCUGUUUAUCUUGUUCGUGGUUUGUUUAGUUAACUUUUGUAUUAUUAAGCAAAGCUUAAAUUCAGCGACAAUGUUGUGUCUAGUUAGCGAACGGGUAUUAUUUUUCAUUAAUUUGAAGUUAUGGUCUAAUCAUUGUUCUCUAUCCGAUUGUAUUAACACAACUAUUUGUAUUGUUUUAAAUUGCCACCACGGGUCGAAAGAUGUCUUUUGAAGGAAGCGUUGUCGUGUCAAGGCAUGGGCACGGAGAAUAGACAUGAAACCGAACCGGAGGUAACGGCGUCGGUUAUAUAAAACGAAAUGUGGACUCGUCUGAGCGGAUUUUCAGGUCGGUUAAACAUGUUGUUUUAUUUAUCAUUACAGACGAGACAAACAUUUCAAACGAAGAAUUUUUUUUGCUAUGUGUCUCUUUAAAUAAUAUGCCUAGAAAUAACGCAGCAAAUAGUCUGCAAUAGCGAAAUUAUUGGGUGCGCUUCCGGCGUCAUUUAAGACAUUGAACGUGUAGACGUUUGGUUUAACGUGUUAAUGAUUUAUAUGGCGAUACAACGUACAACUUAUGGAAGUAGAAACAAUAAUUUUAUCUUUAAUUUGGCUUGCUCUUUUGGUCUGAUGGUUUUUUUAAUCCCAAUUCAACAGUGAGGAAUGCCCAUAAUAUUUCUUUGGAUACACAAAGUGCGCCGAGCGCCAUUCCACAAUAGUGUCAACACAUUAAUUCUGUAAAAAAUUAAUUACGGACUAGCUGUAAGAGCGCAUAAAUCAUAUCAGCGUGAAUAAGAAAUGUUUGAGGCGAUCUUUCAAAUCACGAAUACUAUUCCCGAAUAUAUUUUUUGUUAAAUUAUAUCAGUUAAUAAAAUUUUUGAAUAUAUUGCUUUUAUAAUCCGUCAAUACGCUCAUCCAACAGUAAGGCAACACAAAAUAAACAACUUCCAUUGCUAUACGCGAACAUGCAUAGUGCGUACAAUUAUGGUUUAAAACGUAGUCACGUCAGAAGAAAUUCUCAAGUGUCCCAUAUCUCAAUCCGUUUAAAUGCUGCUCGAAAGAUAUAAAUGUAUUUAUUAUCGGUAAGGUGAUACAUGUCCAAUAGAGCGGAAAUCAAGAUUUCCACGUGCACCGAUUUGUAGGUAGGAUAGUAGACGUAAUUCAAAUCAUUUUAUUUAUUUAAUCUCUGUUUGUUUAAAGGUUAAUAUUAUGUUAAACGUGUUUCAUUAUAAUGGCAAAUACUUGCGUACUAGUAUGCAUUAGUGAGUCAAAAACUGGUCAAUGCCAUUAUGGUUUAUUCGUUUGCAUUCAGUUUGACCAACUGACCUUCGUCGUAACAAUGCUAUUUUAGUCUGGUCGAUUAGGCCCACAAGCAAAGUAUGGGUGGAAAUCUGACGCAUGAAAGUUGUACAUUCGUUAGAGGAUAUUAUUAUACGCCAAUAAUCGGUGGAUGCUUAUUUUUGUUCUCGCUACGCACUCAAUCGUCAAAGCUAUUAGAUAGUGUGACGAUCAUAAAAUAAACACGAACGGAACAUUACGUAUUUUCUUCAGUAUGGUUCCACGGGUGUAUUUAUAUAUAUAUCGUUAAAAAAUAAUUUAUAAAAAAUAGGUUCAUUUCUAGCCAUAUUAAUGCAUGUCGGCAUUACACUUGGAGUCUGAUUUAUUUAAGUUUAUAUCCUCAAUACGAUUUGUAAAGCAAAAUUGCUAAUUAUACCUUAGAAAAAACGCAUUUCCCGGGUCCUUAUUGCUAUGAAGACUAAAUCAACAAACAACAAAUUUAAUCGCAGCCUUAAUUCAAAAAUCCCAGCAAUCAAUUGUAUCUGCAUACUAUAUUAAUUGGUGUGCGUUGGUGCGUAUCUUGCAGCACUUGUCAUAUAAUGUUACAAAAUUAAUAAUAAUAAUAAAUACAUAUAAUUAUGAAAAUAAUUACAAAAUAUAACACAUCUAUAACAUAAUAAUGUACAUAUACAAUAAACUGCGGUAAUACAAAUUCAUAUACAUUCGUUUGGGGUGCCCUAAAUGUACGUCUUCGUGAAUUUUUGAACUUGCUUAAAUGAUAACCGAUGGGCUUAUGUUUAAAAGACUCGCACACAAAUUUGAUUCUAAGUAAAUAAUAGAAUGGGGCUUAGUCCUGUGAGAUCAAACAAUCUGGUUAUAUUGGAAUAGGUUCGGUAUAUGUUUGGUUGAUGGUACGCUAAAAGCGCCUUUGUAUUUUCAAAAUUAUUGUGAUUAAACGAUGGCCAAUAGGCUUAUGAUGAUCAACGUUGGCUAUGAAUAAACAAAUAUCAGGUUGUUGGUAAAUAAGCAGUUCCAGUGCCUCUACUAAAACCGGGACUUAAUCCCAAAAGAAAAACAAGAUGGUUUAUAUAUGCAAUGGUAUAUGGUUUGUUGGUGGUGCACUUAAAUGUGGUUUGUUGGUGGUGCACUAAAAUGUGCUUAUGUUUUUUCAAAAUUAUGGUGUUGAAACGAUCGCCCAUAUUGGCUUAUGGUGAAAAGCUCGGUGAUCACUUUUGACUAAAAGUAAAUAUUAACUAAAUAUCAAGUUCUUGGUAGAUAACGCCGUUCCCGGGUCUCUACCGGAACCGGGACUUAAUCCCGGAAGAACAUUGUGGUGGUUAUAUAUAAUGGUAUGGUGGUGCACUAAAAUGUGCUUAUUUAUUUUCAAAAUUAUGGUGUUGAAACGAUCGCCCAAAUUGGCUUAUGGUCAAAAGCUCGGUGAUCACUUUUGGCUAUAAUUAAAUAUAUAAUAAAUAUCAAGUUCUUGGUUGAUAACGCCGUUCCCGGGUCCCUACCGGAACCAACUUAAUCCCGGAAGAACUUUGUGGUGGUUAUAUAUAAUGGUACAUGGUUGGUAAAUAAAGCGAUAAAUUGGCUUCUAUAUUUCCGAAAUUACGGAGAAUACAUGACUGCCAAUUGGCUUAUGGUAAAAUGCCCGUUGAUCAUCUUUGCCUGUAAAUAAAUAAAUAUCCGGUUUUUGGUAGAUAUACGCAGUUCCAGUUUUCAAGUUGUGGUAAAACGAUCGCGAUUUGGCUUAUGGUGAAAAGCCUGGUGAUGAAUUUAAUGUAUUAAACAAAUCAAUAGAUUAUUCAUAGAUCUCUACUGAUCUGGGGCUUGAUCCCGGAAGAACAAAGGUCGUUAUUUAAUGCUAUAUAGUUGGCUAGUAGUGCCGUAUUGUUUACAUAUACUUGUUUUGUUUAUCAAAUAUUAAAAUAAAGUGGUGUAUAGUAACCAAGUGGUCUACGUUGGAAAGCCCGACUUAAAAUGUUUGUUUUUAUCGAUUCAUGUACAAGUUAAUUGAAAAAAAACAAAAAAAAACACGUACAUACAACCGUAACAUAUAUAUGACUUACUGUUCUGUUAUAUUUCAUCACUUAAGUUCGCCGUGGUAUUUACUUGUAACAUUUAAAAACUGUAUUACGUGUCAUUCUGUUGUAAGGUUUGAAACUCAACGGCCGAGUUCCUGCUGGUCUGAACCUGUAUAUUAAUCUGGUAUUUAAAUGUCACGUAAGGAACGUAUGAAUGAUCGGAUAAUCGGUGAUAUGGGAUGCAUAUCAUAGGGCAGUAGACGUGACAGACGGUUCUGUGUGGCGGAAGGCCCACUUCCUGCGGCCGUGGUCCUUUUUGGCAUAGUUUCCACGAACACACUUCCCGCUUGUCCCGGGGGAUAGUCAUUAUGUACUUAAAUUUCCCGCCGUUUUCGGGGGAACCUGUAUAAGACAAUUGAUUCCAGCCUUGACAUUAUUAUGCCAAACCUUUAAGAUAAUAAAUUGCGUAGUUAAACUGUUGGCGUUUGUCUUUGAAUAAUGUUACCCGAGCAACAGCACUUUAAGGAUAAGUGUGUUGUUUGAAUUUAGGGACAUGACACUGUACUUGUAUUGCCCUUUAUAUAAUGGAAGUAUUGAAAUUUUACUAUUCUUAAUCAUCCUUCGUAUAUAUAAUAAUAAUAAUAGUAUAUAAUAAUAGUCGGCUAGACGCUUUAAUGUAAUCUUUAUCGCUGAAAUAAAUAUUUAUUGGUGUUGUGGUGGUUUGUAUUGUUGUUAUGGCACUAUUUAUGGCGUAUCCACAUAGUAUAUAUGUAUGACAUUUGAUGAACAACAUGCGGUAGUUGACCCGGUAUAAGGAGUAAGAUUUUAUUAUAAUUGUUUAACGUGUGCCUUCGCAACAUCUUAUCAAUUGGGUUGUAUAUGAAGGUAUGUGAUUAUAGUAACAUACAAGUAUCAAAAUAAAAGUCGAAUUGUAUAUACGAUGCAAAUGUAAGAUAUGUUAAUUUCAAUGAAUUUAAGCAGUUAUUUCAGAAGUAUUUGUUAAGUUCAAUAGUGAUUCUUAUUGUUUUAGUUUAAUGUUAAUUAUGUGGGAAAAACAUAAUAUUGUGUUCAUAUAAAAGGCAGAUUGAACAUUCUACAUGAGUUGUCUUGUAUGUAAAAGCGAAAAAUAUAAUAUCCUUUAAUUGUUUUUAAAUUAUUGUCCAUAAAAAUGUUAGCUUUGUCUCAAAAAUAUUUUAUAUAAUGUAACAAAACAUAUUGUAUUGUAUAUUUAUGUAAGUCGCAUCGCAUCUGUUGUGGUGACUUUGUGGCUUUCGUGUCACGUGAAGAUAUGUGAUUAUAUAUAGGUUGUUAUUGUUGAUGUUUAGAUUUUGGUUGUGCUUCGGUAGAGUUAUUUAUCCUAGGGUUGUAUAUCUAACAAAUACCUUUUGGGAAAUAUUAACAAUACAAACAAUCCAAAACUAAUAAUUGGUGGUUACUGUAAUCAGUAUGUGCUUAAAUUAUUAUAAUAUUAUAAGGUAAAAUAGUAUACAUAUAAUAAAUAAUCAGAACAAGAAAACAUAGCAUAGUGCAUACGUAUGCUAUUGAUGAUUUCCAUAUGGUGUUUUAAACAAUAUAUGCAGAUUAUAUUUUUGUAUUAUUCGUUUACAUGCAUCUUAAAUAUAAUCAAUUUGCGAAUUUUAAUUUAAUAACACGAUCGUAUGAAUAGUUAUUACAAAUUCAUAUAUAUACAUUGCAGAAUUUUUAUAUAUUUAUUAAGUUAUCGUGUUAUGUUCAUCUUUUAAAAUCUUGUUUAUGUUUUGAAACUUAACACGAGUUGUCAUAAAUACGCACAUCAAAUGCGUUAAAUACUAUGAAACAAAUUAUAAAUAAAUAUCCAUCACAAUUAUUUUGUCGGCAAAAAUGUUUAUUAUAAGAUAAAAACUUAACAUUCUGCGUUUAUUUUAUGUCAUAUUUUGAUUCUAAACGAAUUGCAUCACUAACCUAUCUUUAAAACACUCACAUAUGUUAGUUGUCUAGCGUGUCGUAUGUUGAUAUGCUCAUGAUAUGGAGGUUUUGUGGGGUUUUUUGGUUUGUUGUAAUACGCAAAAAAGAAUGUAUAAAGUAUUUUUCUAUUGACAGGUAAUUAUCACAUGUUUGAGGCACUUUUUCUUCUUUUACUUUACUCUACGGAAUUUUUCAAUCGAUGUUAUGAUCUACAAAAAUUAUAUAGUUCAUAUAUUACUAAUACCAGCGACCAACUGCUCGUUCCCUUUUCUGCGAGUUGAAAUGAAAUUUAUGUUUUGUGUGCAAAAGUUAACAAUGAAAUAAGUAUGUUUAACCUUGAACUAUAUUUUACCACAUUUGAUAGUGUUAAUGUAAAUUACCGAUCAUUAAUGUUUAAUAUUUGAUUUCUUUCAAACAACUUCUAUUAUUAAGCGGAGAAGCUAUUUGCAGAGGCAAAAGUUUCUCGUGUUAUGGCAAUAAAUAUUUUGAAAAAUAUGUGGCCAUUCAUUUAUAUUAAUGUCAAAAUAAGUCCCUUAGCUUUUACUAACAGGUUCAAGUACCUUUUGGAUAUAACAAUUGGAUAUUGUCUUAUCUUUGAUGUUGAGCCAUAAACAAACAUUGCAUAGCAUGACAGACACAGGUCGUAUAUUUGAACCUUAUUGAAAUUAAACUGUUUAUUCAAUUUUCAAAACAAUAUUUUUGUAGUUUUUAUGAUCCCUUCAAAUUGGAAGAAGUCUAAUGGUUCCCGUUACAUUUUCUAUUUGAAAUGUUAUUAAUAAAAAAUAUGUUGAUUUAAUUAAAAAGUUUGUCUCACAAAUCGUUUUUGUAUCGUUGUUGCUGAUUGUGUUGUUCUUAUUAAGCUUAUUUUAGGUUGUAUUUUUAUUAUGUAUUUAUAUACGGUUAUAUGUUGAUCAAUAAUUAAUUGUGGGAUGUUUAUCGUAAAAGACAAUAAGCUCAAAAAAUCAUCAUCCUAGUCCGGUAAGAGGAGUAUAAUUACAAUUUAAACGGAAAAUAAACAUAUUUUCAGGCAGUUCUGUUCCUAUGAUUUUUCUGAGAGUUAUUUCCCUUUGAUUAGCGUCUCAUUGAAAGGAUUUGUUUCGUUUCCGCUCAAAAUAUCUGAACUAAUAAUCGACCUUUGCUGAUAUAAUAAAAUGUAAUGUAUGGA